AUUAUGAAGUCAAUCUUCUUGAAACCCAAGUAAUUCAAAUUAAUGAAGCACAGGUAUUUCAAGUUUCUGAAGCACAACCAGUUCAAUUUCUUGAAGCCCAAGCAAUUGAAGUUCGUACGGUACUAGCAACUGAAAUUCCUAUAGUAUAUGCAAUUGAAGUUCCUACGGCAUAUGCAAUUAAAGUUCUUACAGCAUAUGCAAUUGAAGUUUUUACAGCACAAGCAAUCAAAGCUUUUACAACACAAGAAAUUGAAGUUUCUACAGCUUUAUCUCAAACUCAAAAUAUAAAUAAGACUAGGAUUUCAAGACUUUCAAAACUAAA